AUGGCCGUGAAGGGCUACCUUGAACAACCGCAUUUGCAUACCAAUGCGUCCUUCCGUUCGUCUCUUUUGACGCACCCUGGAAAUCUGCGCGAAGCACUACGACAAGCCCAGCAAGAUCCCCGGAAGACACUAUUUGGCGUCGCUCAAGGAAUCCCAAGCACUUUCGUCACUAAAGUGAUUGCUUCUACAAAGCCAGACUUCAUCUGGAUAGACGUCGAGCAUGGCAUGUUCGAUCGCCUGACCCUUCACGACGCCAUCCAUGCUGCCCAACACCACUCAGAGGGCAAAACCAUGGUCGUCGUCCGAGUUCCCAAGCACGACGAGACUUGCUUGUCAACUGCCCUGGACGCGGGCGCAUCGGGCAUCGUGAUCCCUCACACGGAAUCUGCUCAAGAAGUCAAGGACUUUAUCAAGGAGGUCUACUAUCCUCCCAUCGGUGCCCGCUCCUUCAGCCCGUGGACUUUCACCCCUGGCAUAUCGGACGCGUCCCUAUACCCUAACGACUCGUUCAACAUGACAACGGCGAACCGCCACAGCAUCAAGGGCGUCGAGAACGCGGAUGAGAUCGCAGCCGUCGAGGGAAUCUCCGGGCUGAUGUUUGGGCCGGGAGAUUUCAAGGCUGACGCGGGGUUGCCACUCGAUAGGAGUAGCGAUACGCACCCCAAAUUUGUCGGGGCUAUUGCGAAGGUCGCGGAGGCGGGAAAGAAGUAUGGGAAGCCUUUGUUCGGUGGUGCAAUGAGCCCAGAAAUGAUUCCCAUGAUGAUUGAGCAGGGAUAUAGAUGCAUUGCUGUGAUCUUUGAUGUUUGGGGGCUGGCACAUCUUGUUCAUGGUGGCGUGCAAACUGCGAGGGGGUAUGCCCAGAAGGCCGAGAAAGCCGAUGAUGCGGCGAUUGGACACACGAAGUAG